AUGAGUGAGGAGAUUUGUGAAAUCAUACCUUCAAACAAAGGAGGUGACAAGCUUAAUGUUCGGGGUUUCUUAAUGACAAAAGAACGUAUUCGAGAAGAUACAUAUUAUUGGAGUUGUGAUAAAAAAAAGUCCAAUGGAUGUAAGGGUCGUGCUGUUACUAAGUUAGUCAAAAAUGAACAUAAACUUCAUAAAUUUACAGGUCAUGAUCAUGGGCCUGAGGCAAGUAAACCUGAAGUUGCAAAAGCUAUUCACAAAAUUAAACAACAAGCUAGAGAUACAAGAGAUAAGCUAGCAAAAAUAGUUCAGGAGAGUAUAAUUAGUACUCCUGAGGAAAUAUGCCCUUACCUUCCAUCACUUAGUGCUCUGCGUCAAACAAUUUACCGAGUCAGGCAAUCAGAAUUAUCAUCACAAACGCAAGAUAUUUUAGAACUUGAUAUACCAGAAUCACUUCAAUAUACUCUAAAUAAUAAUCUCUUUUUAAUUGGAGAUCAAAUAGGUAGGGAUGAUAUCCCAACAGCAUUCAAUUUUUUAAAAUCUCAAAUGCCUGCAGAGACAAACAACCUGGUUAAAUGGUUUGAAGAAACAUAUGCACUUAGUAGAAUUCAGCGUGGAACAAGAAGUGGUAAUGAA